CCCCAGUGAAAUCAAAACGCAGAGUUGUAAUUUCCCUUCUCGCCCACAGAGGGCAGUGACACAUAAUGGUGCAGCCUUAAUUCAACACCGGAAGUCCCGUGACUUUUAGCGGAAGUUGAUUUGACUAGUAGUAAACUUCUAGCGAUGGCGGAACUGAACCGACAACUCCAGGAAUACUUAGCUCAGUCCAAAGGCGGCGGAACCAGAACCAUCUCACAGUCCAGCUCCAGUACUACAGUAGAGCUUGGAGAACCGGAGCCGGUUGCUGGGAGCUGGUUCGGACGUUGGUCCAGUCCGUGGUCUGGACAGCCGUCCGGAGGAAACAGCGGCUUCUCCUGGCCCUGGUCGGCGGAGCCAGACCCGUGUCUGCCGGGGCUGAGCCGCCGGCAGCGACUCGUUGCUUUUGGGGUGUGCGUGUCGUUCUCAGCGCUCUGCUUCGGCCUGUCCGCGCUGUAUGCCCCGCUGCUGCUGCUCUAUGCCCGGAAGUUCGCGCUGCUCUGGUCGCUCGGAUCGCUGUUUGCCAUCGCUGCCGCCGCGGUUCUGCGGGGGCCCAGCAAGCUGGCCGCUGGACUGCCAACCUCUCCAGGAGCGGCGGUGUACCUGUGCGCCCUCGGAGGGACCCUUUACGCAGCGUUGAGCCUUCACAGCACCGUGCUGACGGCACUCGGAGCCGCUUUGCAGGUCGCCGUCAUCGUUGGCUUUGUGGUGUCGCUCAUACCCGGAGGGAGCGCCGGGAUGCGGCUGGUUGGCGGUAUGGCAGCGUCCGCCAUCAAAAGGACCGUGACAGGAAAAACCCUACCGAUCUGAGGACCAACUGAUCACCAAUUUGACUAAAGUAAACCCUGCGUCCGGACAGUCAGGCGCCGACGGUUGUGCUAAAGGAGGUUCGAUUCCUGGAACGGUGCACGAGCUGGUUCAGUGGUUUAGUUGAAGCAUUCCUGCGACUCUGUAUUUAACUAAGUUUUUUGAAAAUAAAGUUUUCUAUGUUAUUGUAAAUACCUUAAGGUAGUUAUUACACACAACAGCCACAGAAUGGCGCUGUGUGUCGAUGCGAAAAUUUUAAUGUAAACAAACAUUGACCGCAGAGCAAAAGACCACACCUUGAUGAACCCCGAAGGCUGCUGGAGCCCUUUGAAACAUCUUCAUCACAGCAGCAGUAAAGAAGAGAGAGAACUCAAACUCCAUGAUUCUAAUGGUUCCUAUUAAAUGGAUGCAGAUGGCCAAACACCACCAUCUUCAGGGUAGGACUGAAAAGCUGAUCAUAUUCGGUGAAGAAGCUCCCUGACCCUUAAGCUUGAUUUCUCUACAUCAAUAAAAAUAAAACAGCCUCCCUAACAUA